GCCUGACAACAACUGAAGCUCCCGUGUCCCCAAGCUCCCAAGUUUCCACAACCCCUGCCAUCUGCCCGUUCACAUGUAGUUUCUAUUCAAGAUGUGAAGUCAGAAAUGGCUCGGCUAGAUGCGUGUGUCCAUCUUUAUGUUCUGGUGUUGUGGCACCCGUCUGUGGCUCAAAUGGAGUGACUUAUGGAAAUCUGUGUGAAUUGAAAAGGGAUAGUUGUAAAAAUCAUGAGUAUCUUCAAGUUGUCAACAACGGACAAUGUAUGUUAAACCAUUAUUGCGUUUUUCUUUAUGAAUAAUGAAUUAAUGAACACUUUUUUUAUUGGGUAGUAUCGGUACAAAAUGGCUAUCCCAUUGGAGAAUAUACUGAGGGGGAAACAAUAAAAAUUGAAAAAUAUUCUGUGGGAAAUAAGAAUAGGAAUCUGAUUUUGAAUGACAUAAUUUAUAUUUUUUACAAUUUGAAAAAGCCAUAUUCAGUCGUCACACAUAUCCUUUACCACUUCUGUGACAUGAGUUUGAGAACUGAUUGUACAAUUUUCUGCAGUCUAAAGUUUCAUGUUGUCUGCACAUGUACUUUCUUAGAGACACCAUUUGCCUCCUGACAAAUCGGAAAAUGAUCAAGACAGUAACUCUGAUUGAUCAAAUAAUGUAUUGACAUACGGUUGUUAACAUUGCUUUUUAGUCUUCAAUAUUUGAGUGAGUCAUGCUUUGGAAAUGACAAUAAAUUUUUAUUACCCAACCCUUGAGCUGUUUUGUCUUUUAUCCAACCUUUUACUCACUCAAAAUUUUGUUUAUCCCACCCUUUUCUCUUCGGUGCCACCCCCGCCAUAAAUAAUGACCCGCACUAUAUUUCGUGCGAACUUAUAAAUUUGAAUUACUAAUUAUUAAUCGUGGGUUUUAGGUCUUAAAUCAACUUCGACUCCAGUAACAAGAAACGCAUCCACAACCCUUUCUCCUUGUGCUUCAAUCAAAUGUGGUUUCUUCGCAAAAUGCGAGGUGAGAAAUGGAUCGGCUGAUUGCGUGUGCCCUGAGAGAAGAUGUCUCUCUGUUACUGACCCAUUCUGUGGAUCGGACGGUGUGACGUACGGGAACACUUGUGAGUUGGAGAAAGCAAUCUGUGAACAACAAAAACAAAUCACAAUUGCGAAGAGAGGCAGUUGUGUUAAGAUGGGUAAGAUGGUGUAUUCUUUUUGUAAUUAUUAUGGAACGUCUGUGGCGCAGUCGUCAGAACAAGCGUCUUUCACCUCUGAGUUCGUGGGUUUGACUCUCGCUACGGACUCAUGUGAAAAGAGUCGGUCAACGCUCUGCCAAAAGUCGUGGUUUUUCUCCGGCCGCUCCGGUUUCCUACCACAAGGAAAGUUGACAGGGUGGGUUAGGAUAAACACAGUUAAGAAAGUAAUAUCGCAAUUGUUGUAAGGAUAAAAUAGUCUAGGCUACUCCCCAAAAACUAGAACAAUAAUUGAAUGGUUAUGCCGAAGACAUUCAACGGCAUAACCAUCCAAGUUGAAUGGUUAUGCCGAAGACAUUCAACAGCAUAACCAUCCAAGUUGAAGGGUUAUGCCGAAGACAGUCAACGGCAUAACCAUCCAAGUUGAAUGGUUAUGCCGAAGACAUUCAAGUUGAAUGCUUAUGCCACCUGCGUUUAUUAUGACUUGUCCUAGAAAUUUUUGUUCACAAACAAGUAAUUAACAUGCUAUUUUUUUAUUUUAAGACCCAAUUUUAUCAUGCCCCAUCCCAAAAACCUGUUUGGUAUUCUGCGACAAGGAUGAAUGCGCUAAGAGAGGUCAGAUUUGCUGUUGCAGAGGAUGUGGGAACGUUUGUACAACGCCAAUCAAACGAUCUGGUAUGUUCGGGCUUUAUAUUCAUUUUGUGCAUUUUCCACAAAAUAAAGUUGAGUGUUUAUAUAUAUAAAGUACUCCUGCUUGUGUUUCAAAUACUACGUCAACAAUUACACCCUACCCCCGUGUUAAUCAAAUCAGUCCUAGGACUUGAUCAAACUUUGUGUUAAUUUUAUGUUAUGCCACUGUUCAGAAAAAAUAACCAUGAGUUUUGUUUUCCAUUCAGGCCGUGAUGUGUGUGCACCAGACGCGAAUUCAUGUCUACUUGACAACGACUGUCAAAGCGGAAAGAAGUGCUGUUUGGAUGGUUGCACGAAGCGAUGUGUCACUCCUGUGCCCAGCGUGGACUCUGAGAUGAAAAAAAUGAAAAGCUUAAAUUAA